AUGCAGCCUGGGAUUUCCCCCAGAGUUACGCCGGGAGUGGCGGUGGCGACGGUGGCGGGAGGGGGGGGGGGGAGAGAGACGUGCAGGAGCACUAGCGGUACGAUUGCGAUCGAGGCGGCUGGCAGAGCGGCUGCGGUUGCUGAUGGGGUGAUUGCGAGGCCAGCAGUCUCUCAACAACAACCGCAGCUGCAGCGCGCAGCCACCAAGGCCCCCGUGCCGGUAGCGGCGGCUCCGACCCCGGCCCAGGCCGCCGCCUACGCGAAAGCGGUGGCGACGGCGCAGCAGCAACAGCGGGCCCACGCCGCCGCGACGGCGGCGGCGGCGGCGGCGAGGGUAGCGAGAUCGAACGCGAUCGCCACUUCGUACACAAGCAACGCCGCCGCCGCCGCAGCAGCAGCAGCAGCGGCGGCAGCCGCGGCCGCCCCCUCGGCUGCCGGUGCGUCGCCGGCGACGCAUCGGCAACAGCAGCACCCCGGUGUCGUCGUCGCCGCCCGGCCCACCGUGGUGGCCCCGGGCCACAGCAACGGCCACAUCUACAACGCGGCCCAGCGGCAGCAGCAGCAGCAGCACGCGGCCGCUUUUGGGGCGAUGGGGGCAGCGGCGGCGGCGGCGGCGGCGGGGGGUCACCAUCACCACCAUCACUUGCAGCAGUUUCAGCAGGGCGGGGGCAGUGGGUUCCUGGGGCUGCAGGGGGGCGCUAGCGCGAUGGGGGCGGCGGCGGCAGCGGCGGCAGCGGCAGCGGCGGCGGCGGCGGCGGUGCAGGCGAAAGCGAAGAAGCCGAACGGGUUGAGGAGAGGGAAGUGGACGUCCGAGGAGGAGGACUACGCGAACCGCCUUAUCCAGGAGUUCAAGAGCGGGUUGUUGCCGCUGACGGACGGAACGACGCUCAGAACGUUCCUGAGCAAGCUGCUCAACUGCGACCCCAUGCGCAUCUCCAAGAAGUUCGUGGGUAGCAACUGCAUCGGGAAGCAGGUGUUCCGCAGGAGGCAGGCCGACAUGGACCGGUUACAGCCCGCCGACAUCGAGAGGAGCCGCUCUCAGCUUGCAGAUCUAGAGAGGAGGUUCUUGGAGCGGGUAGCCAUGACGAACCGAUGCAAGACCGGCGGGGAGAUAGGCUCGAAAGAAGGCGGCAGCAGCUUCGACCUCCUGCGCCCGAAUCAGCCACCUCCGGCUACCCAGCCGUGGAUGCUGCCGCCGUCGCCCCCUGCGGUUACUCUCGCGGGGACGCUGUCGCCCGCGGCGGCGACGCAGAGGGCGAACGUGGCGGGGGCUCCUGCAGAUGAAGCCACAGGGGGCGUGCUCGCUGAGACAACAGCGGUAGCAGCGGAGGCGGCAGGGCACCAGCGAAAUAGCACCACACCGCCACCUCGACCACCAUCAUCGGCAGCAGCAACAGCACCAGGGUCGGCGGAGGUAGCGCCAUCGCCGUCAUCAGCAGCGUUGCCGUCUAGUUCCGUUUUGGGCGCGAGCCAUGCCGGGCCAGGGGGAGUCGCGAAAGCACCGAACGGGCUGGUGCUUGGUGGCCCACCCGAAAAGGAGUCUCAACACAGGCCCCUCACGUCGCAGCAGCAACCGAAUGCUCAAGGUACGAGCACCACUGCUCUGGCCCCUGCCCCGGCUACCCCAGCUGAGAUAAACGAUGUUGGGGUCAAGGCGGGGUCGGCCGCGGGUAUCGCUAACGGCAACCACCUGGCAGCAACAACGUCAGCGGCGUCAGCAGUGGCAGCAACACCGCCUGCUUCGUCAGGGUCCGGUGUAUCGGCUGCUGCGACAAGGGCUAAUGGUGCGCCUGCAUCGACCAGUGCGGCUGCGGCCACGCCGGCGUCGUUCCUAGACGCGGGAGGCGCGCUGCCGUCGUUGCCCGGGACUGGGGACGGGAGGGUAGCUUCCGCGAUCCCCGGAAGUACCGCUGCAGUUGUUCCCAAGCAGGAACUCACGGCCAGUGGGACAGGCUUGGGUGUCCGCACAUCGAGGUCGGGGGCAAGCAACGGCUUCAACACCAGCUCCGGCCUGGGUGGAAGCGGCAUCGACCGGACCACAUCUCUCGAGGCCCUCUCGCUGCUGGAGCUGCCACACAUCCAAGGUAUGACCAACCUUGCUGUGCUGGGGCUGUGGCCUGGCGCCUUUCCCCCUUCGGGAUCUUCGACAGGGACAACGACUGGGACUCCUCUCAAGGCGAUGAACGGCGGUUUGAAGAGAACGCCUUCAUGGGCGAGGAUCAGCUCGUACGAACACCUGCAGAGCCUCGAUGAAGGGGCUCCCCUGUAUCCGACGACAAACGGCAACGGAGCAGGCAGUGUGAGCAGCAACAUCGCGAGCAGUAGCAGCAGCAACAGCCAUUCCGCAUCUGGACUAGGAGGAGGCAAUUCUAGCGGUGGCAGCGGCACUAGCACCAUGACGUCAUCAUCAUCGCCAUCGCCAUCCUCAGCCGCCGCACCUUCGCCCUUCAUGCCGAGAAACACCUCGGUCGAGGACUUCCUCAGCCUUGUCGAGUCCGGAGACAUUCCGCCUCCAGAGGGUGCCGCCGGGUUCACGGUGCCCAUGUGGAUCUACAGCGGAGACUCGAGCAACACCACGAACGGCAACCCCAACGGACACGCUCCUAAUGGGAGUUCGAAUGGUGCUUCAACUCCUGCUGCCAGCGAGCGUCCAGCGGGGCACUCUAAACCGUCCUCAAAAUCUAAGAACAAGGGCUCGGGUAGCGGUUCUGCUCGCGGGGCUUCUGGAAUGUCAUCACUCGAGAAGUCCAAGUCGAAACGGCUGAAGUCGACGCAGGCUAAGGCCGAGGCCAAGAGUUGAUUUUGACUGAUGCUGACAUCGUUCAAAGACUCCUAGAUGUUAUUCAGAAUCGGUUUUUGGAGUUCGUUGUGGGGGCUAUAGUUACAGCGUCUAUUUCUAGAAGUGACCGUGCACUUGACGGGUAAAGGGUAUUGCCGGAUGGUCCAGUUGUAGAGCUUCUUUCCAAUGCGCGCAGGAGCAGCGGGUUGAUAUCGGUGGGGUAUGAAGAAGACACCAAAGAGCGUAAAAUCUUAUGUUGCAGUUUGCCUCGCCGUGAUACUAUGUUGGGACGUCCGGUCAAAUUUGAUACAUAGAGGCGUGUUUGUUCCUGGUUGUGUUCUGGCUGUUUUCACGUUUUUUUUGGUCAUUUUUUUUGUUUGGCUUGCCCACGGUGAUUUAGGUCCAAAUGUACCAUAGACUCUUGAGGUGUUCAUUAGACAUGCCGUAGACUAAAGCCGAAAUUGAUGCCAGCGUACUCGUUGACUUUCGAAUAGUUCAGAGUUUGGCUUUGGUGGUUUCCAUUUUUAUUCGAUUGAGGGAGGCGGGGAGAAGCGGCGCGUGCACGUUUCAUCGGGCUGAAUUCCGGCAGUUGGUGUUGUGUUUUUGCUUUUUUUCCUGGCGGACGGGUGUUGCCACCCGCUCAAGGUGUUCGCACAGUGCGUCUGCCAAGGCUCUGAUGGCGGUGCGUACGUGCCUCCCCCGCGCAAGCAAACCUAUCUCAAAUCUCAAAGUUUUGCAGUGGAAGUCGCCGAGGCUUUGGAAGUGGGGUCCGUGUUUUUU